AUGAUUGCAGGACUCGUGAUUUGCCUUUUGGUGUGCCUGGCGAAUGCGGCAGUGUUGACGAGUGGUGUUGAGUGUCCCGAGGGCAGAUGGAUGACCACACUCGCCCAUGAGGAUUGCCAUCAAUUCCACUUGUGCCUCUUCGGCCGCGCCGUGGAGCUCAAGUGUCCCUUUGGCCUCUACUGGGACCCCAUCGAGGGUGGUUGUGGCCGGAAGGUGGACGUGUCGUGCAUCGCGGUGGAGAUGCGCCAAGAAGACGUGCCACAGCCACCUGUUGAGACCACAACUUUCCCGCCGCAGCCAGAUAUAGAGACGACCACUGGAGCUGAGGAAGAGACUAGUCCGGAGGAUGAGACCAGUCCAGAGGAGGAGACGAGUCCUGAGGAUGGAGAAACUCCCACUCCGCCCUUCGAAACAACAGGAAACACCCCAACUCCCCCGUUCUCCACGACUGGAGGAGACCUCACUCCUCCAGUGUCCACCACAGGAAGUCAGCCCACGCCAGAGGUGUCCACCACGGGCACAGACGUAGCAACUCCACCAGAGUCCACGACCGGAGGCGAGACUGGAACCCCGCCGGAAUCCACGACUGGCGGAGAGGAGACUGCCACGCCUCCGGAGUCUACAACUCCCGACUUGCCAGAAACCACCACAGGUGGAACACCACCACCGCCGACGCCGCCUAAGUGUCCGCCAACUGGCAUCCACCACUUCCCUGAUCCCACGUCGUGCUACCGCUUCUUCCUGUGCCAGAACGGAGAGCUCAUUAACAUGAUGUGCGCUCCUGGCCAGAUCUUCGACCAGACGUACCUUCGUUGCCGCCACGACGGCGUGUGCGCGCUGCCCUAG